UCCGAUUCCGGCUGCCCAACGGUCGUCUCCUCAACUGACAGCCGGUCGAGACAGGAGCACAGUGGCGGCCAGCGGGAAGGACUGUCGAUGGAUCAGGUUUCCGUCAGGAGGAUAUUACACCGAAGCGGUUGAGUGUUCCGGGGACCGAGCCAGAAGUCACACCGCCCCGGUUCGGCCAUGGACGAGCAGGCGGGCCCCGGCGUCUUCUUCAACAACAACAACAACAACUCGGGCUUGUCCGGCGGAGGGAACAUUAAGGCUCCGCAGGCUGGCGACGUCGAGGGCGGCGAGGCGGCCAGGGCUCAGUACAACAUCCCGGGGAUUUUACACUUUCUCCAGCACGAGUGGGCCCGCUUCGAGGUGGACAAGGCGCACUGGGAGGUCGAGCGGGCCGAGCUGCAGGCUCAGAUCGCCUUCCUGCAGGGGGAGAGGCGAGGUCAGGAGAACCUCAAGAAGGACCUGGUGAGACGCAUCAAGAUGCUGGAGUACGUCCUCAAGCAGGAGAGGGCCAAAUACCACAAGACGAAAUAUGGGACAGAACUGAACCAAGGAGAGAUAAUUCCUCCAAGUUAUGAUUCCGACGAGGGGGGGGACAGCGAGGCUCCCAGUCCUCCAAACAGCAGCCAUCAGCUCAGCUGGAAACAAGGACGCCAGCUGCUCAGACAGUACCUGCAGGAGGUGGGGUACACGGACACCAUCCUGGAUGUGAAGUCUCAGCGGGUGAGAGCGCUGCUCGGCCUGACCGGAGACUCCGGGGAGAAGCCCUCCAGGAGCGAGCCCAUGGUCAACGGCACCGAGCCGUCCUCCCUGAAGGACAGCGGCGUGGUCAGUAAACCCGACAUGUCGGACUCGGCCACCGUGUUGGAGGCCUUUAAGUUCAUCGAGAGCGCCGCGGCCGAGUUCAGCGACGAGGACGAGGACAGCGAAGGGAGGGACAAGACCAUCUUGGACGUGGCUACAAUGGUGAGGAAGAAAAAGUCGUCCACCCCUUCCUCCACGACCUCUGACCUCAGCGACGACCCCGACACGGAGGAGGCCCUGAAGGGUUUCGACUUCUUGGCGAGUCCGGACGAGCUGGACGGCUCGCCGGAGACCAGGAGUGGGGAGGACAGCGGAGACUGGGAGAAGGAAGAGUCUGCUCUGGGGGAAGUGGCCUGGGACGUGGACCAGGGCCUCAUAGCCCAGCUCAAGGAGCGGUACAGGAAGGAACGCAAGGGCAAGAAGGGGGUGAAGAGACCAAACCGCUCUCGGCUCCAGGACAUGCUGGCCAACCUGCGGGAGGGGGAGGAGCCCUCCAUGCAGCCGCCGGUAACGCCCCCCUCCCGCCCCAGUGUCCCCCGGCUCAACGAGCAGGAGAUGGGGCGUCCCGAAGACGAGGCCAUGACCUUCCUGCCGUCCUCUGGGAAGUCCUUCAUAAUGGGACGAGUAGACGAGGCGGUGUCCAACGAGCUGGGACUGGGAGAACUGGCCGGACUGACGGUCGCCAACGAGGCUGAGAGCCUGGCGUACGACAUCACCAACAACACGGACGCCCUGAGGAAGACCUGGAACCCAAAGUUCACCCUGCGGAGCCACUUUGACUCGGUGCGAGGUCUGGCCUUCCACCCGGUGGAGCCCGUCCUGGUCACCGCCUCCGAGGACCACACCCUCAAGCUGUGGAACCUCCAGAAGACGGCGCCCGCCAAGAAGUGCACCGCUUUAGACGUGGAGCCCAUCUACACCUUCAGAGCUCACAGCGGCGCCGUGCUGUGCGUCACCAUGAGCUCCAGUGGCGAGCAGUGCUUCAGUGGGGGGGUGGACGGCACCGUGCAGAGCUGGAACACCCCCAGCCCCAACAUCGACCCCUACGACUCGUAUGAGCCCUCCGUCCUGCGGGGGGCGCUGUGCGGCCACACGGACUCCGUGUGGGGUCUGGUCUACAGCUCGGCCCACCAGCGCCUCCUCUCCUGCUCUGCCGAUGGGACGGUCCGGCUGUGGAACGCCGCCGACACCUCGCCGGCCCUCGCCGUUUUCAACGAGAGGGGAGAGCUCGGGGUGCCGACCUCGGUGGACCUGGUGAGCAGCGACCCGGCUCACAUGGUGACGUCCUUCAGCACCGGCAGCAUCGGACUCUUCAACAUGGAGACGCAGCAGCUCGUCCUGCAGCUGGAGUCCGCCGGACCGCCGGACGCUCCGUGCAAGAUCAACAAGGUGCUGAGUCACCCCACGCUGCCAAUCACCAUCACGGCUCAGGAGGACCGGCACAUCCAGUUCUUCGAUAAUAACACAGGUAAAGCGAUCCACUCGAUGGUCGCUCACCUGGACGCCGUCACGUGUCUCGCUGUGGAUCCAAACGGACUUUACCUCAUGUCUGGAAGUCACGACUGCUCCAUCCGCCUGUGGAACAUGGAGAGCAAGACGUGCAUCCAGGAGUUCACCGCCCACCGCAAGAAGUCCGAGGAGUCGAUCCACGACGUGGCGUUCCACCCCACCAAGUGCUACAUCGGCAGCGCCGGGGCCGACGCGCUCGCCAAGGUCUUCGUAUGACCUCCAACGCCUGCGGGUGGAGCGGGAAGAAAAAGGGAAGCGGGAAGGGUGGAGUUGGCCUCCACCUCAGAGUCUGGCAGAGGAAGCAAGAGUAGUGAAGGUGACUGUUCACGCGGACUGCUCCUUUUUUAAGAUUUGUCAAAUAUUCAACUCCCCCCCCUUUUGGACUUAGGCUGGACCGGGUCCCCGAGAAACAAACGAGCAGGAAGCAGGAAGUGGGAAAAAUAUACACGCGAAAAGGCAGGAACUCUCGGUACAUUUGAGUAAAGCUGGAAUUUAUUUUCUCCUUUUUGUUUACCAUAAAAAACACAUUGUUCAUGUGCCUUUAUUCUUCACUACAGGAAUUAUUUUAGGUGUUGAGGAAAAUGUAUUUUAUCCAUGACAGAAAUUGACCUAAUAAGAAACCUAAUGAGUCCCAAAUCAAAGAAGAUAAAAGAUGUUUUUAUUUUAUUUUCCUUCCCCUUUAAGUUGUUGCCUUUAGCCCGAAGAAGACUUUUGCUGAGUCAGGUUCCCGUGAACGUCUGGAGGUCUGGUCACUGGUCUGGAAUCAGUGACCCUUUGUGCUGGAUGGACGGAGACUCAACAUCUGGAGAGUUUUAUUUCAAAAUGACGUUGCCUUCGACUCCCCUCAGAGAGGAGAAGCAUCACGACGUUCACGUUACCGAGCAACAGCUGGACAGUCGAUUCUAUUCCUUUUUUUUUUUUAAUGCAAGCAACGAAAGAGAAAACGGACCCGGUGUGGCACCUCUGAUCACGGUACACGUGUUUUAAACAGCGUGUGGGGCAGAGAGGCCUCUAGUGGUCAGGUGGGAGAACUACAGUGCGGUAGAUGUGAAGGGUUACUUCUCAGCAGAUAAACACACAAUAAAUGUUUUCUUUUUUUUGGUGUUUAUACAAUAAUACAAACAUAGUUAUUCAUAUUUUAUUCCAUUUCUGUUAAUGGAGCUUUGAAAAUCCACUGUCACUGGCCCUUUAAGAGGAGCUGCUGGGGCACAGAGAAGUGGGACGUGGUGUUUAAGGUCCGUCCUCCACGUUCCCACCUGAGCAGCACACCGCGCAGGGCUCUCUGUCCACUGGCAUGUUGAGAUCAAACUCUUUGGAGCUUUAAACAUCUGCCCAGCUGUGCCAUGUUGUCGAUGAUAGCUGUAAAAACACAUCAUGUGACACUUGGGUGGUUUUAGAUCAAAUCAAGCGCUUCUCUCCAAAGUGAAAACCACAAAUGAGUUAAAUAACCUGAACUCUUCUGAUCAGUUUCGAAAACCUGCUGCUUUUUUUUAUUGUGUAUUUAUAGCUGAAAAUGUGUGACAAACUGCAGCGAGAAAAGAAAACCUGCACUGAAGCUUUUCUCUUUUUUUCUGUUUUACUUUAGUUAUGUAAAAUAUUUAUGAAUCACUCAAAGACGCCAAAUUGAAGCCAAAAGAUCAAACCGCGACAACGAGACGCUCCCCCCCCCCCCCCCCCCCCCAGAGCUGAUCCGCUCGUUUUGAUGUGAAAUAACGGUAGUGCAACACUUUUAUUAACAGCUGUUUAGUUCCCAAACUGCACGAAGCUCUUCUACGCUUCACAUGCUGCGCGCCUGAGAAUAUCCUAUUUUGUGUCAUUAUUAUCCUUACUACAUUAUUUUUAGACGACUCUUUGUUGUUCGGUGACGGACUUGUAAGAUACAAGUGGAUCUUUUUAAAGUUGUGUUCUCUGUUUUACUUGAAAAGUGACGUUUAUUCCUUUUGGGGUUUCUGCUGGUGUUGUAAGAAGUGCAAAUACACAUAACGUCGCCUCUCAGCACUACGUAACACUUUCCUCGCUUUGCACCAAAUUAUCAUCUCAAAAAACGCAGCUGUGUUGGUGGGAUGGGGGGGUGAAACUUUUGGGGAGUUUGUGUUCUUUUUGACGUAAAUGGAUACGGUGUAAAAAGGGUAAGCGCUUAUGUGUACAGUUUUUAAGUAUUAAAGCAGAUCUAUUUAUAAAUGUGGUGUAAUUUGAGGGGAAGUGAGAAGGACAGCGAUGAGAGAUCAGAGUUUAUUAAUGCGUGAAACGCACACACGGUUUGGGUCCUGGUUGUGUUGAUGUGAAGUGAACUGCUCCUUCAUAACACACCGGUUGUAUCAUGACAACAUGACCACGGUUCGGGUGUUCAAAUCAAGACAAAAACCGGUGGAAUUCAGGUUUGUGUGAAACCUCCAGAGGGGGAUUUUUGUUGAUGAAAACCAAAUCAUCGGAUCCACAGACAUCAAACAACAUGAAUUCAUGCUCCUGGUUGAUGAAGAAUUUCCCUUCCAGAUGAAAAUCAUCUAAAAAUCACUUUUUCCCCACAGUGAAACCCACCAGAACGGAGUUAUUUAUGUUCAGAUUUGGUAAAGUUAGUGAAACGAAUCAGGGCCAAUUUCCCAGAAUGCUCUUCUCUGCUUACAUCCACGUAAACGUUCAUGUGCACUUUUGCUAAGCAUUAUGUUUAUGAUGUAUGAACAUGUACAGAGGAACAAAACAGAGAAAAGGAGAAGCUGAACACUUUCAGAGCAAUAGAAACUGUGUUUUCCAUUUAUUUAAUCUAAUUUAGCUUUAGUUUAGUGAACCAUCGGAGCUGAUUCCCACCAUUCACACUACACAGUAACACUAGCCGGUAGUGAUGUGAGGCAGCUGAACUCUUUUCAGAUUUAUCUUUUUUUUUUUCAGUGGCCAAAAGCAGAGCUGACUAAAACCUGUUCAGUCUGCCUGUAAAUGAUUGUUGUCCUUAAAUGUGUACAGUGAAACUGUUAGAGAGAGAUUAUAUAUGCUAAUCUGGCUGUACAUUAAGUAUAUACAGGUGUUGUUGUUUUUUUGUUAUUUUCAAAAUGGGAUAGUGAUUUAUGAACAACAAUAAAGAACUAUGUUGUACAUUGUAAA